AUACAAGUACUGAUGGAUCGCAUAAUGCAGUACAAGCCUGAAAUCCACUACGAUGACACUCUCAGGGUGUGGAGUGGAGGCGAAAGAUCAGACUACUUUCCAUCGCACCUUUCCAUUGGGGAGAUCAUUUACAGGGAGAUGGAAAGCCAUCCUAAGCUGAUUGCCCAAAUCUCAGCCACAGAGAAGACAGUGCUGACCAGGGAGGAGUUACGUUUGAAUGCCAUGCGAGUGGCGAGCUAUAUGCGAAGACUUGGCCUGAAGAAAUCGGAUAUUGUAGGCAUCAUAGCCAGAAACACCACACACAUGGUGGCUGUGGCAUACGCUUGUUUCUUCAAUGGCAUACCGUUCCACUCUCUCAACGUAGCCUAUGAGCAGGAGACUAUUGAAACGCUGUUCGGCAUCACCAGACCACGUCUAAUCGUCUGCGAUGGAGAUGAAUUCGAGAGACUUCUGGCCGCUACCGAAAAACUCAAACUGGAUACCACAAUUAUUACCAUGCGGAAUCACCCGUUGGCUAGAUCCGUGCGGAUUCAGGAUGUCUUAACCACACCUAUAGAGGAGAACUUUCAGCCCUCCAGCCUGGAGCCAAAGCAGACUUUGGCCAUUCUCUGCUCCUCCGGAACGACGGGCAUACCAAAAGCAGUCACGAUUGCAAAUAGUCAACAGGUUCUAUCUCCCGCCUUCCGCCUGGAUUCCAAUGUGCAACACGCAUACAGCACCCUGGACUGGAACUCGGGUCUCAUGUCCAUCAUCCACGCUGGAGCAUUCAACAAAACAAGUAUUAUAGCUCACAAUGAUUUCGAUCCUGGCUUCAUGUGUCGCAUGAUAAAAGAGUACAAGAUCGGGGUUGUAAUUGAAUGUUCUUCCCACCUGGCAAUUUUGGCGAACUAUCCAGGGUUCGAAGACGCUGACCUGUCGAGCAUAGAGGUUCUUGUUUUUGGAGGCUCCCACUGCUCCCUGGAAGUUCAGAAACGUGUCCGUAGCCGAAUCAAGGGAGCCCUGAUCUUUACCUAUACCAUAUCAGAGCUGAGCAGCCCGGGCACCAUGAACCUUCACUUUGAUGAGAAACCCAACUCUUCUGGACGCCCAGCCCCCGGCACCAAGGUCAAGAUAAUUAAUGAACAGGGCGUGGCUCUGGGCCCGAAUGUAGUUGGGGAAGUAUGCCUAUUCAAUGGUCGGCAUUGGUCUGGCUAUUAUGGCAAUCCAGAAGAGACCCGGAAGAUUCUCGACUCUGAGAUGUGGUUUCACACCGGAGAUUUGGGCUACAUGGAUCAAGAUGGCUUCCUAUUUAUAGAAGAUCGCAAGAAGGACAUGCUCAAGUGUCAAAAUCUCAUGUAUUAUCCCAACGAAAUAGAGACAGUCAUCGCCCGCAUGCCUAACGUGGCCGAGGUCUGUGUAUUUGGCAUUUGGGAUACAAUCAAUGGUGAUGAGGCAGCUGCCUGUGUAGUGAAGAGGCAAGACAGCAAACUGGUCUCCCAGGAUGUUGUGGACUUUGUAAACCAACAUAUUACCGCCAAGUAUAGGCAGUUGAGCGCUGGAGUCAUCAUUGUAGAGGAUCUAAAGCGUAGUGGAAAUGGCAAGACAAAUCGAUGCGCCAACAAGGAACACUUUAUGAAAGUUCAGAAUAUUAAAGAGUCUAAAUGAAUGCAUUUUGUAGCUAA